AUGGGUUGGGCGGGGUUCAACGGAGGAGACCCCUACAGCGCUAACAUUGACUCCUCCAUGGCCGUCCUCAACACCAACAUCUGCGCCGCCACCAGCCUCCUCAUCUGGACUUGGCUUGAUGUUUUCUUCUUCAACAAACCUUCUGUCAUCGGUGCCGUUCAGGGCAUGAUCACUGGGCUCGUCUGCAUCACUCCAGGAGCAGGCCUUGUUCAAGGAUGGGCUGCCAUAGUAAUGGGGAUUCUAUCAGGCAGUAUUCCAUGGUUUACCAUGAUGAUUGUCCACAAGAGGGGAGGAGUUUACGGAAAGUCAGCCGGCGGCAUCCAAAUCCUCAAACAAUUAGUUGGGGGAGCCUUCAUCAUUGGAUGGAACCUUGUAGUAACGUCCAUCAUUUGUGUUCUGAUAAGGUUGGUGGUUCCUCUGAGGAUGUCUGAGGAACAGUUGACGAUUGGGGAUGACGCCGUGCAUGGCGAAGAGGCCUACGCGUUGUGGGGUGACGGGGAGAAGUAUGAUUCGACUAAGCAUGGCUUCACCUCCGACGACACUGUUAAUCAAAAGACAUCUAGUGGAGCUACUCAAGUGGUCUAG